UACACUCUAAAUUCUAAACCUUCACAGAUCACAGACUCAUCACAGUUCAAUCUUCGAUUCUACGCUUUCGGCUUUCUCAGAGACGUAGCCCACAAAUCUGCAGAGCUCAAAAGAUCGUUUGGAGCACAGGCUUCACUGCAUGGCUCUCAAUCUCCGUCAAAAGCAAACAGAAUGUAUUAUCCGAAUGUUGAAUCUGAACCAACCCCUGAACGCAACUGGUACUGCGAAUGAAGAGGUGUACAAGAUCUUGAUCUAUGAUAAGUUCUGCCAAAACAUCCUCUCCCCAUUGAUUCGUGUCAAGGACCUUCGAAAACAUGGUGUGACCCUAUACUUUCUCAUUGACAAGGAUCGAAAACCUGUCCUUGAUGUGCCUGCCGUGUAUUUUGUUCAAGCCAAUCAAUCCAACGUUCAGCGAAUCAUUGCUGAUGCGUCCCGGUCACUGUAUGAUAGUUUUCAUUUGAAUUUCUCGUCCUCUAUACCCCGCCCCCUGCUGGAAGAUCUGGCAUCUGGGACUUUGAGUUCAGAUUCAAUUCAGCGGAUUGCAAAGGUGCAUGAUCAGUAUUUGGAGUUUGUGACAUUGGAAGAUAAUUUGUUUUCGUUGGCACAAAAGUCUAGUUAUGUGCAAUUGAAUGAUCCAUCAGCUGGGGAUCGUGAGAUUGAGGAGAUUGUGGAGAGGAUUGUUACUGGUUUGUUUUCUGUUUUGGCUACGCUGGCUGUUGUGCCAAUAAUUCGGUGCCCACGUGGUGGGCCAGCUGAGAUGGUUGCGUCAGCAUUGGAUCAGAGAUUGCGAGAUCAUUUGUUGUCGAAAAACAAUUUGUUUACAGAAGGUGGGAGUUUCGUGAGCUCUUUCCAGCGGCCGAUUUUGUGCAUAUUUGAUAGGAAUCUCGAAUUGUCAGUUGCAGUAGAGCACGAUUUUAGGUAUCGACCUCUUGUUCAUGAUGUUCUUGGAUUGAGGCUGAAUAGGUUGAGCGUACAAGGUGAAAAGGGUGGGAUGAAGUCAUAUGAGUUGGAUAGUUCUGAUCCAUUUUGGGUGGCGAAUGGGUUGUUGGAAUUCCCUGAAGUUGCAGUGGAGAUUGAGACUCAAUUGAAUAAGUAUAAGAAAGAUGUUGAUGAGGUGAAUAGGAGGACUGCUGGGAAUGAUGGGGCUGAGUUUGAUGGAACAGACUUGAUGGGGAACACAAAGCAUUUGAUGAAUGCAGUGAACUCACUGCCCGAGUUGACAGAAAGGAAGCAGGUGAUAGACAAGCACACCAAUAUCGCGACUGUUUUGUUGAGUGAGAUCAAGGAGAGGUCUCUUGAUUCUUAUGCAAAAAAGGAGAAUGACAUGCUGAUCAAGGGAGCUAUUGAUCGGAAUGAGCUUCUUGGUGUGCUUAGAGGGAAAGGGACAAAGAUGGAUAAGCUGCGGUUUGCUAUCGUGUAUCUGAUCUCUUCAGAAAGCAUUAACCAGUCGGAAGUGGAAUCAGUGGAAGCAGCACUCAAAGAGUCUGAGGUUGAUACUAGUGCAUUUCAGUAUGUGAAAAAAAUGAAGUCAUUGAAUGUCUCAAUGGCAUCAGCAAAUUCAGCUAGCAGAAAUAACAUUGUUGACUGGGCUGAGAAAAUCUAUGCUGUGACAGCUGGUGUGAAGAAUCUCUUAUCUAGCGAUAGGCAACUGGCAUUGACAAGGACAGUGGAAGCCUUGAUGGAAGGGAAGCCGAAUCCUGAAAUUGAUAAUUACCUCGUGUUUGAUCCUCGUUCUCCUAAGUCAAGUUCUGGUAGUGGUAGUCAUUUGAAAGGGCCAUUUAAGGAAGCUAUUGUGUUCAUGAUUGGUGGAGGUAAUUAUGUUGAGUACGGGAGCUUGCAAGAGCUUGUACAACGUCAGCAGCCUGUCAGGCAUGUUGUAUAUGGAACUACGGAAAUUCUCACAGGAGUGGAGUUUAUUGAGCAGCUUACACAGUUGGGGAAUAAGAUGGGAUUUGGGAGUAGCACUGCUGCUCCAAGUCAUUAAUAUAGAUGUGUAUUACAUGCUCUUUGAAGCUUGCAGUUUGGAAGCUUAUACAUGGUUGAGGUCUUGUGGAAAGUUAAGAUGCAGUAUGUAGUUGAACAUUAAUCUGAAGCUGACUAUCUCAGAACAAAUGCAGAGAUUGUUGGACAAUGCAUUUCUUUCUUUGAUUCUGAGGCGAGCAUGCCGGUUUUGGAUUGACUGUCUUUCUGGAUCUUGAAGUAUGCCUCUUUAUCUUUCAACAUAGUGAGUAGUUUUUUUCCAUUGAAGAGCUAUAUUUGUUUCUAUUGAAUUAGGUUUCUGUGGUUAGAAAAUAUUCUUAUACAUGAUUACUUGUAAUCUGAAUCAAUCACCAAUCUUCAAAAUGAAAAUUUUGCUUGGUCCCUAUAUUCUUACAUAUGUAUGUUUUUAACUAGUAAUAAUGGUAAUAAAGGACGGUAAGUUAUGCCCUUGAGCUGCAA